AUGGUCAAUAGAUCGCUUGAUGUUAACAAGGAUCCAUUUCGACCUAUUGAAGAUUCUGAAGAAAUGUUAGGUCCUGAAGUACCUUACAUGAGCGCCAUCGGGCUCGAUCGAGUUGAAGCUUGGCCGGUCGAGUUGAGGAACUCGACCGGUUGGUCGAGUGGACGGUCGAGCUGGUCUUCAAGAUGGCUUCUCCCUUCUUCCUUUGCGUAUCCAGUUGAGCUGCUUCCAUGUGCCAAGUCCCUCCAUGCUCCUUGUCCCAUAUGCUCCAGAAUGCUCCAAAAGACCUAUUUCAAAGGACCAAACAUGCAUAUGGAUCUCUCAAGAAAGUGGCUUUGCUUUGGCAGAAGGCUAAGUGUUAGAACCAAAGAUGAUGCAAGAACAGCAGCUCGAGCCCCUAAUCCUAACUCGAUCGAGUUCAACACUUAG